GCCCCUCCCCUGCAGUGCCCCGGGCGGUCGGCAGGGGGCGGCGCGGCGGCCCCUCCCCGCGGUCUUCCCCCCGAGCGGCCAUGCGGGCGGCGCAGCGCUCCCGCCGCGAGACGCUGGCCCGGCGGCGGCGGCUGAUCGGCUCUUCUUGCAAGCUGUUUUUCUCCAAUGAUCCAGUAAAGAUCGUAAAAGCUGAAGGCCAAUACAUGUAUGAUGAGAAUGGAAGACAAUACCUGGACUGCAUAAACAAUGUUGCUCACGUUGGACACUGUCACCCUGAUGUAGUAAAAGCAGCCCACGAACAAAACCAGUUAUUAAAUACAAAUUCUCGUUAUCUUCAUGACAACUUGGUUGACUAUGCAGAGAGGCUUUCGAAAACACUACCUGAGAAGUUAUGCAUCUUUUAUUUUCUGAAUUCAGGGUCUGAAGCUAAUGAUCUUGCCCUCAGAUUAGCACGACAGUACACAAAACAUGAGGAUGUUAUAGUUUUAGACCAUGCUUACCACGGACAUCUGACAUCCUUGAUUGACAUAAGCCCAUAUAAAUUCAGGAAUCUAGAAGGACAAAAGGAAUGGGUCCACGUGGCUCCUGUUCCAGACACAUACAGAGGACUUCAUAGAGAAGACCACAAAAAUCCAGCAACAGCCUAUGCUAACGAAGUGAAAAACAUUAUUGAGCAAGCACAUAAUAAAGGCAGAAAGAUUGCUGCGUUUUUUAUUGAAUCUCUGCCAAGUGUGGGCGGUCAAAUCAUUCCACCAGCAGGCUAUUUUCAGAAGGUUGCAGAGCAUGUGCACAAGGCAGGAGGUGUGUUUAUUGCUGAUGAAAUUCAAGUUGGCUUUGGCAGGGUUGGCAAGCACUUCUGGGCAUUCCAGCUUCAAGGAGAAGACUUUAUACCAGAUAUUGUCACUAUGGGAAAACCCAUAGGAAAUGGGCACCCCCUUGCCUGUGUAGCAACAACAAAAGAAAUUGCAGGAGCAUUUGCAGCCACAGGAGUAGAGUAUUUUAAUACAUUUGGAGGGAACCCUGUUUCAUGUGCCAUUGGAUUAGCUGUGUUAGAUGUAAUCGAGAAGGAACACCUUCAGGCUCAUGCCAUGGAAGUAGGAAACUUCUUGAUGAAGCUACUCAAUGAGCAGAAAAUCAAGCAUCCCAUCAUUGGUGAUGUCAGGGGUUCUGGCUUAUUCAUUGGAGUGGACUUAAUUAAGGAUCAAGCAGAAAGGACCCCAGCCACCGCAGAAGCAGAGUAUCUAGUCACAAGACUUAAGGAAGAAUAUAUUCUACUGAGUACAGACGGGCCAGGAAGAAAUGUGCUUAAAUUCAAGCCCCCACUGUGUUUCAGUAUGGAGGAUGCAAAAUUUGUCGUGGACACAAUUGACAAGCUUUUAACAGACAUGGAAAAAGAAUACCUGAAGCAAUAGAAAACAUCCACUCGUUCCACCUAAGCAGGUUUCAAACAAUGUUCAAGAUACACUAUGAAGAAACAUGACUUUACUGUAAUAAUGCAUAUUUAAUCUUCAUCCUAGCAUGCCUUAUACCAGAUAAGUUACCUUUGAUUUUGUUAAUUUCAGUUAUCUUACUAUUAGUAAAAGCUUUCAGAGAAAUAAAUUUCACAAAAGCUUGCUUCAACUCCGGCAGAAGUGUGGAAUUGGCUUUUAUUUCAAACAGCAUAUCCAAAACUGAUUAUAAGGGAAUAUAUUUCUAAUAGCUACUAUAAACUACAUUUUUCAUUAAUGCUCUUCCAGGUUAUGACUUCUCAAAAAUUAAGAUGACUCAGUUAUUUUAUACCUGCUGCUACCUAUGCAAACUCUAGUCUAGCUGCUAGUAGAUGCAGUCCUGCCCAAGCUCCUCUGACCAGUCUCAGCAGCCAGUUUCAUAACAAGGUCCCUAGAAGCACACUAUCCAAACAAUGGUGUCUGACCACAUUAAGUCAAAAACUUCAGUCUCAAAUUCGUAACAUCACAUGCAUGAGCAACAAACAGGUAAGGGCCAUGGCUCCCAAACCAGUUCUUAUUCUGUCCUCAAGAAAUAGCCAAGUAGGACUUAAGAGCACAUUACAGCCAUAGGCAACAGCUCUGCAUCCAGCCUUGCUUCCACCACAUAAUUACAUGUUCUCUGUAUCACUCACCAACCUUCCACGCAAACAAGAAAGGGAAAGCCAGCUCUGCAUUUAAGUACCAGUAUCCUUAAUUUCUGCUUAAGGCCACAUCACCUGUCAAGUAAUCAUCCCCUGAGAACUUACUUCCAAAUAGCACCAAUGUAACAGCCUGCUGACAAACUACUGCUAAUACACCAGCCAGAAAUACUGCAGUACAGUCCUGAUACUAUGCAAAUUCCCUGAUCGAGGGCAAAAUGUUUGCUAGAAAAAUAUUCUGCUACCCCUUACUUCUUAAGUAAAAGGAUGCAACAGAGCAAAGCAGUUCCAUUUUAAAUCUUGAGAUAAUACUUUCAAAUACUGUACUCAUGUUUCAGCAGUCUGCAAAUUUUUAGUGUGCAAGUUUGGCAUUAGGUUACAUACUUGAGCUGUAAAUUGUGUCAACUCAUUUAGUAUCUGCUGCGAUUUUUUU